AUGACUAGUUCAGAGGAGGUUUCGUGGAUAACUUGGUUCUGUGGCCUUCGCGGCAACGACUUCUUCUGCGAAGUCGAUGAAGAAUAUAUCCAGGACAGAUUCAACUUGACUGGACUGUCGGAACAAGUCCCCCACUUCAGACAGGCUUUGGACAUGAUCUUGGACUUGGAGCCAGGCAAGUUUAAAGUCUUUUUAAUUUAUUUGUUUAGACGACGAAUACGAAGAAGGUCACUCUGAUCUCGUGGAACAGGCGGCCGAAUUAUUGUACGGAUUGAUCCAUUCCAGAUUCAUCCUCACCAACAGAGGUAUUCAGUUGAUGGUGGAGAAGUGGAAGAGCGAGGAGUUUGGAACUUGCCCUCGUGUAUACUGUGAAAAUCAACCUGUUUUGCCUAUUGGUAAGCUUUUUUUCAUUGAUAAUUUAAAGUUUUUGUAUAAUUCUUUAAAUUUUAUUGUUAUAUUCAUCUUUGCAUUGAACGUAACAAUAAUAAGUAAAACAAGUUUAAGGAUUUUUAUUUUUUAUAUUAUUGUAGCUAAAAUUUUAUUCGAAAAUUUGUCUAGUUCAAAUAACUUUAUUUUCAACUUUUAGGUUUAUCUGAUGUCGUAAACGAAUCUAUGGUCAGAGUUUACUGCCCACGAUGCUGUGAUGUAUUUGUUCCUCGUUCAUCUAAAUAUCACCAUAUUGAUGGAGCUUAUUUUGGUACCGGCUUUCCCCACAUGUUAUUCUUUGUGCACCCUGAUCUCCGACCAAAAAGAACUAACAAAACAUACGUACCACGGUAAGGUUAUUUUCAUUGUUUACCUAGACUAUCGCUAGUUAAAAGUUUAAAAAAUGCUUUGUUUUGGGGUCUACAAUCCCAAUUGUGCUAUUCUCAUUGAAAAAUCUUAUAUCGUUCACAUAAUUUGACAUUCAAAUUUUAGAUUAUACGGCUUCAAAAUCAGUCCGCUUGCUUAUCAACUACAAUAUUACCAAUCCCAAACUAUCGCACAAGCCAACGCGCAACAACCUCAAGUUCAAGCUGCUCCGGCACCUAAGACCGAAGAGAAUCCGGGCGGUUCGCGGGCCGAAGCUGCGACUUCACCUCGCGGCGAAAUCUUUCAGUAA